AUGGAUGAAGUCUAUGUUGUACCAGAAAUGAAUUCUGACGAUGAAGAUUAUGUUGUUGGUCGAGCAACUCGACCAGAGAUUGAUGUUGCAUCCAAAGAUCAUGUAUUUAUCGCACAUGUACCUGUUCCUAGUCAAAAAGAUAUUGAACGUGCAUUAUUAGAUCGGAAGAAACAAGAAUUACUUGCUAAAUAUGUAUCUGAUGAUCUUUUGAAAGAAGAACAAGAAUCAAAAGAUUUACUUGGAAAAUAA